AUGAAGGUUUCAGGAGAUGACUGUAAAAUAAUUCCUGAGCUGGUAGAAAUGCCUCACAGUGAGAGCCAUGGAGCUCAGUCUGUUCAGCUCUGCAGAGUGUGUCGAGACUUUGCUGUUCUGGAAGAUCAUACCUUGGCCCAUAACUUGCAGGAGCAAGAGAUUGAGCAUCACUUGGCAACAAAUGUUCAGCGUAAUCGUCUGGUGCAACAUGACUUGCGGGUGGCCAAGCAACUGCAAGAAGAGGAGGAUCUGAAAGCACGUGCUCAAAUCCAGAAACACCAAAAAGACUUAGAACGCCAGGACUCCGAGAUUGCUCAGGAAAUCCAAGUGAAGCUGGUGUUUGAAGCAGAGCAGCGCCGCAAGCAAGAGGAAAAAGAUGAGGAUAUUGCCCGUCUCCUACAACAGAGAGAACUGCAGGAAGAAAAAAAGCGCAAGAAGCACUACCAUGAAUCCCAGGGACACACAGGCUAUGAAGAUAGUUAUUAUGCAGAAAAUGGAGGUAUAAACGUUGGAGGCACUGAACAAUAUAUGUAUGGUACACCCCGAAGGGAGCAGGAGUUGUCUGAUGCAGAGAUUGCUCGGAAGCUGCAGGAGGAAGAGCUCCUGGCUAGUGAGGCAGAUCAGAAGGCAGCUCAAGUAGCCCAAGAUGAGGAAAUAGCUCGACUCUUGAUGGCCGAGGAGAAGAAGGCUCUCAAGAAAGAGAAGGAGAGAGAAAAGUCUUCCUUUGAAAAGAGGAGGCAUGAUCAGGACUGGAAGCAUGAUGCAAGUGAGUCCACACGCUCAAGGUCGAAAGAAGGACCUGACGCUCAGCGACACAAAGGCGACAGGUCUUCAAGGUCACAGCCUCCCCUCGAUGACCACGCUCGGUAUUACACAAGCCAGCCCAGUCCCUUGCGCCAGAUGCCCAAACCUGAACACUCCCCUAGAGGUCCCCGUAGGAAGCAGUAA